GGAAGUCACCUGUCAGCUGUGACCAGCCAUGGCUGCAGUAGGACACAACACGAUGGAGAGAAGUUGAGAUUCAAAGUGUUUAUCUGUUAUAACACAUGGCAGCAGGGGAGGCUGGAGGUCGGGCUCCGGUCUGCCUGUGUGUCCUGUGCGGGCUGCCCGCCGCUGGGAAGUCCUCCCUGGGCCUCACGGUCCUCAGCACCGCUGCUCAGCUCGGAUGGAGAGCCACCGUGGUGCCGUAUGAUGACCUGAUCCCCGGGCAGGCCUUUCACCCCAGACUGGAAGAGGAGGAGGACGGAGCGAUGCACACUGAUUGGAAGUCACACAGACAGGCAGUGCUGCAGUGCAUUGAGCUGUUCUUGAAGACGCCUGACAUGUCGGCAGAGCUGCUGAGCGGCCGACAGAUCAACACUGCUGCCUGGGAGCAAUGCGUCCGUGUGCUGCGGCAGCCUGAAGGACCUGUGGACCCCUCUCAGGCCGACCGGGCACCACUUCUCUUUCUGCUGGAUGAUAACUUCUACUAUCAGAGCAUGAGAUACGAAGUGUUUCAACUUGCAAGAAAGUACUCACUGGGGUUCUGCCAGGUGUAUCUUCACUGUGAUGUGGAGUCCUGCAUCAGCAGAAACCAGUGCCGGCCUGAACCCGUUCCCACCGAGGUGAUUCUGGAGAUGGGAAAGCGUCUGGAGCCCCCGAAUCCACAGAAGAACUCGUGGGAGACGCAAAGCAUUUCGAUCGACACCACAGAUAAUUUGUCUAACCUUGACAUCCAGAGGGUGACAGACUUGAUCUCCUCUGCGCUAAGAAACCCGCUGAGCCCGGUAGAGGACAACACUGAACAAAAGGAAGCCGACCGUCUGAGAUGUGCCACAAGUGUGGUUCACCAAGCUGACCAGGCCUGUCGACGCCUCAUCUCCGAAGCCAUGAGGACUGCCAGAGGUCAGACAGGAGAAAAUCAAGUGUCUUCUGAACACAUGAGAUCUUUGGCCUCGCAGCUGAAUGAAUCCAAGGCGACAUUUCUUCGCAGCCUGCGAGAGCAGCUGCUGCAGGACCCGUCUUUCUCUCAGGAGGAGAACAUGGAUGUGGAGCGUGUGGUGAAAAGUGCAGUGGAUGUUUUCGACCAUGAGAAAAAGGAAAUCUUGUUAAAGAUAAUAUAUGACCAUAACUAGAUUUUAUUGGUGCAAGUCACAAGUGGAUGUGUGGAUAUGUAAUAGAAUAUAUAUUUAAAUAAAAUGUACUUUUACUUAUCCCUUCUUCUUCGGUUUGUGGAACAUUCGGGAACUAAGUGAAAAAGAAUCUGAAUAAAUGUAUGCAUCCCUUCAAUAAUUUAUUAUGACAUAAAAAAAACUUUCUUCAAAAUCCACAUCAAUCGUCUGCAAACAGGAUAUGAAAUCUUGAUGAGAUAAAAAUUUUAUCUUGUUUGUCAGGACACACACUUAAGAUCAAAAGGGAUAAACAUCCCAUUGAUGAUUCCAAUUUUUUUUUCAUAAUAAGAUUAUAUAAAACGAACAAGUUAAAGUCUUGAGACAUUAAACAAAGAUUUCCAUGAAAUCCGAAACUUGUUUAAAUGUAAAAAAAAAAAAGAGAACCUAACUUCACAUUACAUCUUAAAGUCACAGUGUUACCCUGAAUCUUAACAGUGUCUCAAUAAGGGCUACCAUUUUGUGCAAAAAGAAAUUGCUAAAUACAGAACCACAAAAAUACUCAAAAGACAAUUUAUAAAAACUCAUAGAAAAGAGUUUCAGGGGUAUAAAUAAUAUUUAAAAAAAACACUGUCAAUCUAUCUAAAAUAUUGACCUAUUUGAUAGGUCUACAAUUUAUGAAGUGAGGCAUUAUUAAAUAUCAGAGAAUGAGCAGGAUUUUAAAGAUUAGCUGGACAUAAAGUUAAGUUUUGAAUAGAAAAACAAGUUGAUCAGUUCAUGAGUCUCUAAACAUCCCACUUCAGCUCAUCACAGUAAAAUGUGCCCAGCUCAUUAAACUGAGACAGAAACUUUAGAUUAACAGAUGGUCCUGCAGUGAAUACCUGUGUUCAUUUUUAAAUACUGUUGAUUGUUUUGUUUGUUAAAAUGGAGUUGCCUGUGUAUUUGAGAUUUACUGUGAAGCCCUGGUGACUCUUUGCCAAAUCACAAUGAAACAGGACAGAGGUCAGUUUCCUGACCUCUGUCGUCUGUCGUUGGCUCUGAACUGGACUGCCUCACAACAGUGGCUGAGAGCAGGUCCCUGAGUAGGUUGCGGUCCAUCUUGGACAAUGAGCACCACCCACUUCACAAAACUCUCAUUGGUCAGAGGAGCGUUUUCAGUGGCAGACUCCUGUCAUUGUCAUGCACAUCGGAAAGGCUGAGGAGGUCCUUUGUCCCCAGUGCCAUUCGGCUUCAUAACGCCACACAGAGGGAGAGUGGGGGGGAGAGAUCUUCCCGGCAUGAAAUUACAAUAUCCGUGGCACCUAUUGCAAUUCUGUCCGUCCUGGGAGAGGGAUCCCUCACAUGUGGCUCUCUCUGAGGUUUCUACGUAUUUUUACCUGUUAAAGGGUUUUUUCGUAGUUUUUCCUUACUCUUGUUACCCUGUUAUAGCCCAUGAGAAGAAUUGUAACUUGUGAAUAUGGGCUAUUCAGGUAAAAUUUGAUUGAUUGAUAUUCCUAUAUAUUUAUAUAUAUAUAUAUAUAUAUAUUUAUAUAUAUAUAUAUUUAUAUAUAUAUAUAUAUAUAUUUCUGCUGUUUUUAUAAUAUAUAUACACAGUUUAUAUUUUGUUGUAUUAACCACUCCAGCACAAAAUCACUUUAAAUACUGGACACUGACACAAUCACAUCAUUGCCUUCCAUACCUGUAUCUGUAUAUAUGCUCUCCGUAUGUGAUAUAUGUGAUUUAUGUGUAUAUGUCAGUGAUGUGGUAAGUGUACAAGCUACUGGAUGAUCUGAAUUUCCCUCGGGAUUAAUAAAGUAUCCAUCUAUCAUCUA